GCCCUGACAACCACGGAGUCCAGUCCCAUGGCUUCGUUUGAAACUGAAUGCGUUAACCCCUGGUGAAGGUACUUGCUCGUCGUGAGUGAUGCGCUACUUCUGUGCCAAAGAAAACUUCUUUUCACUGCAAGUUAUCAGAAGGACUUUCAGGAAGUGUUUCUGUGCUAGCCAGAGAACCUCACAACUGUGGUUACAGCGUCGACAGGGCAAGGAGCUCCAGUUCCAAACGGGCGCAGAACACACGUUGGGAACAGGUCUCGCUGGUUCCUGCGUGGCGCCUGGCGUGUUUGCGCGGGUUCCUUAGCGGCCGCGGAAAAGGUGCGGGACCUGAGCUUCUGCCUGGAAGCGGAAAGCAUCCGCCGGCCUUCUGCUGAUCAAUGAGGCAUUGAUGCGCUGGCUUCUGUUGGCAUCUUUGCGCUCGAGGGUGUCGCAAGCCGAGGCGGCGAGGACAGGGCGCCUCUGGCGCAACCAACCGGGCGGUAUGCGUCGCGGGCAACAGCGCUAAGCGCCCCCACGCUGGGCACGGGGCGUACUCCCUCCAGGCGGCGGGCCGAGCGGCGGCGGCGGAGGGGAUGCGCCCGGGACGCGCAAGGCUCCUGCCGCGAGCUACCGCCCCGAGGUGGACCCCAAGCAGGGCUCAUCGCAGGACUGCGCGGACCCCUGUCCCCCGGGGCACGCGGCUGCGGAGCCUCGGGGCCGCAUCUGCGGUCAGGAUGCCCUGGGUGCCUCUCUGCUGGUGAGGAUGCCCUGCUGCUCGGCUCUGCAUCCCCAGCCCCGGUCCCUGGUGGGCACGACUGAGUGGGCCCGACUUCGGCCCCUCGUGCUGGUGGAUGAAAAGCGCUGGAGUCCCUGAGUGCGACGAUCAGCGGUCGAAUCUGAAUUCUAAGAGCCAUGGACGAAGGCACCGGGCUGCAGCCCGAGGAGGGAGAGCCGCUGGAAGCACACGGCACAGUAGGAGCUGUCCAAGAGAAGUGCGAACCAGAGACUUUUAGGUCCAAGAGUUUACCGGUCCUGAACAGCGCCUCCUGCCGGCCAGACCUCAGUCCUGCGAGUGCAGGAGCCAAGCCAGCCAUCGGCUGUACAGAUUCUUUGGGCCAUCAGGAGUUGAAACAAGGCCCAAACCGGUUGGUCCCCAGUCCCUCUGCUCCUUCCACCUCGGCAGAGAUGGCAGGGUUCAUGGAAUGUAACCACAGGGUGGAAGUCAGCAAAGCCGUGUCGGUGUCCUCUACUUUGGCCACGCUCCAGGGGAGAAGAUGCCUUUAUGUGGUCCUCACUGAUUCCCGUUGCUUCCUGGUUUGCAUGUGCUUUCUGACCUUCAUCCAGGCGUUAAUGGUGUCUGGGUACCUGAGCAGUGUCAUCACCACCAUCGAAAGGCGCUACAGUCUGAAGAGUUCUGAGUCGGGGCUGCUGGUCAGCUGCUUUGACAUUGGGAGCCUGGUGGUGGUGGUGUUCGUCAGCUACUUUGGCGGCCGGGGUCGGAGGCCCCUGUGGCUGGCCGUGGGUGGACUUUUCAUUGCCGUCGGGGCUGCCCUUUUUGCUUUACCUCACUUCAUCUCGCCUCCCUACCAGAUCCAAGAGUUGAAUGCGUCGGCCUCCAACGAUGGCCUGUGUCAGAAUGGCAACUCCACGGCGCCUUCGGAGCCUCCCGCCUGCCUGAAGGACUCAGGAGGAAAUAAUCAUUGGGUCUAUGUGGCUUUAUUCAUUUGCGCACAGAUUCUCAUUGGAAUGGGUUCCACACCUAUUUAUACCUUGGGACCAACCUACUUAGAUGACAAUGUCAAGAAAGAAAACGCAUCCUUGUACCUAGCCAUCAUGUAUGUCAUGGGAGCUCUUGGUCCUGCAGUGGGAUAUUUAUUAGGUGGACUUCUUAUUGGUUUUUAUGUCGAUCCCAGAAGUCCUGUUAACCUUGACCAGAAUGACCCUCGUUUCAUUGGAAACUGGUGGAGUGGAUUCCUCCUUUGUGCCAUUGCAAUGUUUCUUGUGAUAUUCCCAAUGUUUACUUUUCCAAAAAAGCUUCCUCCUCGACACAAGAAAAGGAAAAAGAAAAAAUUUUCUGCUGAUGUUGUUAGUGAUGAUGACGUUAUGAAGGAGAAAUCAAACAAUAGUGAACAAGUGGACAAAAAAGUUUCUUCUAUGGGAUUUGGAAAGAAUGUCAGAGACCUACCAAGAGCAGCUGUCAGGAUCUUAAGCAACAUGACAUUCCUUUUUGUGAGUUUGUCAUACACAGCUGAGAGUGCCAUUGUAACUGCUUUCAUUACCUUCAUUCCCAAGUUCAUCGAGUCACAGUUUGGUAUCCCAGCUUCCAAUGCCAGCAUCUACACUGGUGUUAUUAUUGUCCCCAGUGCUGGUGUUGGCAUUGUCCUGGGAGGCUACAUUAUAAAGAAAUUGAAACUUGGUGCAAGAGAAUCUGCCAAACUAGCCAUGAUCUGCAGUGGUGUGUCUUUACUUUGUUUUUCAACACUAUUUAUUGUUGGGUGUGAAAGUAUUAAUCUGGGAGGCAUCAACAUCCCUUAUACAACAGGACCUUCUCUCACCAUGCCUCACAGGAACCUGACAGGAAGCUGCAAUGUUAAUUGUGGUUGUAAAAUACACGAGUAUGAGCCAGUCUGUGGGUCGGAUGGAAUUACAUACUUUAACCCUUGUCUGGCUGGCUGUGUUAACAGCGGUAAUCUUAGCACCGGGAUAAGGAAUUACACAGAAUGCACUUGUGUCCAAAGCCGGCAAGUGAUCACUCCCCCUACAGUGGGACAGCGCAGUCAGCUCCGCGUCGUUAUCGUCAAAACCUAUCUCAACGAGAACGGCUAUGCUGUGUCCGGGAAGUGCAAACGGGCCUGCAACACCCUUAUCCCCUUCUUAAUUUUUCUCUUCAUAGUCACCUUCAUCACAGCCUGUGCCCAGCCAUCAGCCAUCAUAGUAACACUCAGGUCGGUGGAAGAUGAGGAGAGACCUUUCGCGCUGGGAAUGCAGUUUGUGUUAUUGCGAACACUUGCGUACAUUCCUACUCCGAUUUACUUUGGAGCAGUGAUUGACACCACCUGCAUGCUCUGGCAACAGGAGUGUGGCGUGCAAGGCUCUUGCUGGGAGUACAACGUGACAUCGUUUCGUUUUGUCUAUUUUGGCUUGGCGGCCGGCCUCAAAUUUGUUGGCUUUAUUUUUAUUUUUCUGGCUUGGUACUCCAUUAAGUACAAGGAGGACGAGCUGCAGAGGCAAAGGUGGAGAGAAUUCCCUCUGAGCACUGUGAGUGAGAUGGUGGGCCACACCGACAACGCCGAUAAGUACGCCCGGACUAGAUCUUGUCCCGCUUUCAGCAGCCAGGGGGCUUUCCACGAAGAGACUGGUCUGCAGAAAGGGAUCCCGUACACCGCACAGACCUAUCCGGGGCCCUUCCCCGAAGCAAUAAGCUCCUCCCCAGACCGGGGGCUGGAAGAAAGCCCCACUGCCAUGUCGCCUCCCUCCUGAAGCUUGAAAAAGGAAGACUUUAGUUUUGUUGGUUGAGUGGAAUAUGGCAACUUGAGAAACACCCGUGCCUUCUUUUCUUUCUUUCUUUUUUUAACCUCUAAAGACACAAUCCUCAAACCAACAAAACUCAGUAUACACAGCCACUAUUGAUUGAGGGCUGGAUACCUCAACGAGACUGAGAGCCUUUCCCCCCCUUCUGUCCGAGAAGGAGGAGUUUAGAUAGAUUUGUUACCGUUUCCGCUUUGUUAAUUUAAUGCUCGUGCUCCAGGGUGGUGUAAGGCUGAGAGGUGCCUGGUUAACAAAAUCACGGGAAGUGUACUGGCGGUACAUAUCAUUAGCAUACACUCCAAACAAAGGUGAGCUUGACCGUGACUUUGCAUUUACAAAUCAGAGUUUUCAGAUAUGAACACCUACUGUGAGUUCCACUACAAAGCACAAAUGAAUUUGCCUCAACUAUGCAAUUUUGAUUGGGAAAAUGUAAGUGCAGCCUGUUACUUUUUCUUUCAAGAGACUAAAGCAGAUAUGUUUGGAAAAGAGGACAAUAAACUUUCCCUAAAGUACUGUUAAUAGCAUUUUAAGCCAUAGCAGAGUUAUAAACCAGGUAGAAUUUUUCAAAUGCUUCAAAGGAAUCUUAUGCCUAGUGUGCUAAAAGGAACAGCUACUUUAUUUCAUAAGAGACAUUCUCUUUAGUCUGUCUGCCCCAUCACAAGGUAAGAGUCUGCUGAAUCAUAAACCUGACAGCUUGAAUAGAAACUCCAGUAUUCUUUGGCCAGGGGCUUUAAAGCCAGUGUGCUAAACUAUAUGGCUUGAACCUAAUUUGAGAUGCCUCAUAAGGAGAGAAACUGAUGGCUUUCUCAUCCAAAGAAAAAUGCUGCAGACAUUCUUUUAGCUCUUAUGGGCCCACACAAGGGUAGUUUAAGAAUUUUAACCUUGACACUCAAAAGAGUUGGAAAAAAGAAAUUCCACAGAGGUAAGAUUGAGUCCCAUAUGAUCAUGUUAGUUAUACUCCUGGAAACCCUAGCAAAUCUGUAUCGUUUUCUUUCUUAUGUACAGAAAAUUGCUGUGGUUGCCUCCUGAAGUUGUGUAAUUAAAUCAGGAAAGCUAUACCUGUGAUAGGAAAAUCACUCUGAAUACAGGAUGAGGGAGAUCUGUGUGCUGGGAGAGUAUGAUCCUAAGUCAUGAUUGAAAAUUAUUUAAAAUCGAGUUGUCUGUCAUACUGAAUUCCACUUCAUCAGUGUUAGAACGAUUUUACACCUCUCUUUGAUUCCUUUCUCCUGUUGACCUUCCCGAAGUGAUCCUGCAAGAGGAUGUUUCUGUUCCUAAAUGCACUUUGGGUUCAUUAUCCAUCAUCCUUUUCAGUUCCUCGCAACACAUCACUUUGUUUUCGUUUUUGUUUUUAAAGAUUUUAUUUAUUUAUUUGACAGAGAUAGAGACAGCCAGCGAGAGAGGGAACACAAGCAGGGGGAGUGGGAGAGGAAGAAGCAGGCUCAUAGCGGAGGAGCCUGACACGGGGCUCGAUCCCAUAACGCCGCGAUCAUGCCCUGAGCCGAAGGCAGACGCUUAACCGCUGUGCCACCCAGGUGCCCUGCAACACAUCACUUUGACUUCGGUGCCACAUAGAAUGCUUUCUACAUGGUUCUUAAGGAAGAGGCUUCUGACUGCACUGUGGACUGGGAGCAAGUUAACUCAUGGGAUCUUGGCUGCUCAGAGAGAGAAUCCUGACAACCAGGACUUAGGAGGGACUGUAAGGUCCAAAUACCCAUAUAAUUGUGAACAGUUUCUGCCACAGAGCCUACGCCUACGCAGGGGCUAAUUUGGGAACUGAUCUCCUUGGCUGGCUUACACUCUUCCACAGAGGGGAAGUGAGGGACAGAACCGUCCCAUGAUUCAGGCUUUUUGCCCUUCAUCCUUGGAGGUGCUGGUGGAGUUGCACGAACGUUCCUGGGUUCAAGGUCAGUGUCCUCUCCACCUAAGAACGGUGUUGUCAAAUGGUGCUUUUGCUGGCAUGCAGUUUGUGGAGAGGGCUACUGCUGUUAGACUGGAUAAUGUCUGCAAGGGGUGGAGCCAGUGGUGUCAGGUGACAAGGUCUCAUCUGGCUGAGUCCUAAGUCUGCCGUUGUCUGUAAUUACGCUGGCGUCUGUCCGACUUUGCUCCCUGUGGUAUAUACCGAAGGUCUUCAGAGAAUAUUGUGGAUUAACUUAGCAUCUACUCUGGUGCCUCAGGGUUUCCUUUUACUCUCUAUGGGAGAUCUUUGAUCCUUUCGAUCCUUUAGAAAGUUUCCUUUUGUGCUGGAGCUAAAGAUGCACAGUUUGGGGAGAGGUGGUAUUUUCUUAAUUCUCCUCUAAUUGCUGAAAAACUGCAUCGAGAGAAUUUGGAUGGGAUUAGCACCUUUUUUUUUUUUUUUUUAAAGCUAGGAUUGUAUGUUCCAACACUCUAACAAUCUCUCUCUUCUUGGUAGUAUAUUUUGAAAAGGAGCCGAUCUCAGAACUCCAGGAUAGGAAGUGACAGACUCUUCAGGUAUAAUUAGACAGUCCCCUUUCUCUACCUAAACAGUCAUCCAUCCAAUUCAACAACCAUUGACCAGUUCUCUAUCAGGCACUAUUUUAGCCAGUUACCAUCUGCCACUCUAUGAAAUUCUUUAGGUUGACCAGCCAAAAUUCAAAGAAAUUGGCCUGAAUUGUACAUCACAAUGUUAAUAUUGUACUUCCUCAAGUAUGUGAUGCUUACAAUAAGUAGUGGGUGUAUCAUUGAUGUGUUGUUGGUUAAUAUAGAAUAAGUAGUAAAAAUCACAGAAGACUGAAGUUUUAGAAUACGUACCAAUGAAGAAUUGUCCCCAAAUGCUUUGGGUCCCGGUAGCAUCCUUGGAAUAUUACAGAGUCAACUAAAGUGACUAUUUUAUAAAUGGCAUCAUUUAGUUGUAGAUACGAGGUUCUUAUAUGUUUGUUACUUUAUAGUCACAGCUCCUAUAUAAGUUUAAUUCCCACUUUCCGUGAACUUAGGCUUCUAAUUACUUGUUUUGGAGAAAGGUCACCUUGUUCUUUUAUUGACUCUGUAGAUUAAUGUAUUAUUUGGCUUUAAUAUGCAAAUAUAAUAUCUACGAGUCUAGCCUAUUAAUUUAGAAACUCCCAGGGGAGGGUGGGUGGUUGGAGCACAUUUUUUUUAAUCUUCAUUAAUAUGGAGUCCUUAUCCUUUUCAGGUAGAUUUAAUUCUUUUUUUUUUUUUUUAAGAUUUUAUUUAUUUAUUCGACAGAGAUAGAGACAGCCAGCGAGAGAGGGAACACAAGCAGGGGGAGUGGGAAAGGAAGAAGCAGGCUCAUAGCAGAGGAGCCUGACGUGGGGCUCGAUCCCAUAACGCCGGGAUCACGCCCUGAGCCGAAGGCAGACGCUUAACCGCUGUGCCACCCAGGCACCCCUCAGGUAGAUUUAAUUCUUGAAAACAUUCAAAAGUCAUUCAGAACUAAGGUGGCGGGGGUGAAAGGAGGAGCAGAGAAGCAACAAAUUAGCUUCUAUGCAAUGUUGACUAUUUCAGAGAAUUUUGUCAAGCACUUAAUAUACUGUUAAUAAGUUUGCAAGAUGACUAUUUUUAUUCUGUUUUUUUUUUUUAACAGAUCAUGAAAACUGAGGCUCAGAGAGGUAAAGAGAUUUAUUUAGGAUUGUACAGAGUGGCCAAGUCAGGAUUCAGAAGCAGGUUUCUAUCUCCAUCGCUCACUGCUUACACUAUAUAAUGCCGACAAUGGUUUUGAUUAACAGAGACAGGUGUGACUAUAAUUUAGUAAGGUAAAGCAUUUAAUUUUUUGAUGUGUUACUGUUCCUGAAGAGUAGAGAAGUUAUUAUUCCUUUGUGUAGAAUAGGAAAAAAAACUGUAGGAAACAUCAAAAUUUAAUGUUUAGAUUUUCAAGGUAAAUUCACAUUUAUUUAGCUAAGUGUUAUAUUCAAAAUUGUCAUAACAUACCUCAAGUAUUUAUUUAUAGUUCAUAUUUAAUAUAGAACAAAUCCAAUUUUGAUGUUAGCAUAGAAUCUCAGUGGAAUUUCUGAAACGAAUCAUGAGGAAAUGUGGUUCAGAUUUAUUGAAUCUGAGCUCUGGGGAUUUUAAGUGUAUGCUUUCUUUUUCGUUUCUUCCUCUUUCAGAAUGUUAACAUUUCCAUUAAUUUUUAGCGAAUAUGGGUUUUAAGUUUCCUAAAUAAACGUUUUAAAUGAACAUAUGCAAAGUGUUACAUGUUAAAUGACCAUAGACAAAAUGUUACAUGGUACAUACCAAACAGCUGGUGGAUUGUUACUGUUCGUAGCUGCGGUCAGAACGGAUGCCUUCACUGGGAAAUGCAGCCAUCAGAGGAGGAAGGAUAAUGACAGUCCCGCAUUUUCACCAACGACCAAGAAAAUUCUUCUCGGUCUGCAAUUCCAGCUUGCGUUCUUUGGUAGACUUGGAGCCAGGAAGUUUCUUUUUUGGAGCCUGUUUCGCAUCAACCAAAGAGCAGCUGCAUGGUUAACUGAAUGGACCUUGUGGAAAUUCUUUAGUGCACCCGGGAGCAGAAGAGCCCAAGUCUGGGCGGGGCGGGGAGGGGGGGGAGCCAGUUAUACUUUUAGCGUGUGUGGACCUCAGACAUCCUCGAUGGUGCAGAAACAUGAGUCUAACUAUUGCUACAGAGGGGCAGAUGGAGUAUGCUAAGUAGCAGAUAGAUAACAAAAUACCGUCUAAUCCCGGAAUGGCCCAGACCGCAGACUGCAGCUUUGCUAGUUCUGUUCUCCAGACCAGUAGGUAGCCUCUCCACGUUAUUCGUAGUUCCUCUUUCCUGUGGAAGGGCGUGCCAUGGCGGGCAGGCGAAGGUGGUAGUAGCCUUGUGCACUUUAUCUUUUUCGUUUUCUCUCCUUUCCUCAUCUUCCAGGAUGCUGCUGGCUGUGUCUGUCCCAGGCUUCUUGCUAUAUUGGAAUCAGAUCUGUGUAUGUUUGAACAGGUUCUUUUAAGCACUUCAUUUUUACUCAGCCCUAAGAAGGGUCAAAUAUGAUGAAAACCCUCCCUGGGUAUUUGUUUUUGCAACAUUAAAAAAAAAAUGCCUCGGUGCUAAAAGUAUUUGAUGAUGCAUGCUGACCACAGAAAUGCACCACUGAAUUUACAAUGUCUCACUGGCAAGGGCCUGCAUGUGCUUUGCUUUUGGAAAUCUAGAGAACUUCCCAGAAAACAAGCACUCCUUAUUCUCAUUACUGCAGUUAAUCCAUGAACUUCAAGCUGCAAACAUGAAGACUAUAAGGGGGAACACCUUUUCUAUGGAAAACUCAGCGUUUUUGAUAUUUCUUUUAGCAAGAAUAAUCAGCUGCUACAAAUAAUUUCAGAGAGGGAAAAACGAUUUCACAUGAUCUUUUCUUACUUCUUCUCCAAAAAACUAACACCCUUGUAAGGUGUUUUUAAUAAUUGGGGUUUGGAAGGUGUUGUCUUUUUCUCUAUUACAUGUUAAAAUCAGAGGAGAAAAUACCCAAAACUAAAGUCAUUGCAGGGACAUCUUAAACCAAAGGGGUGAACAAAUGGAGUUUAAACUUUGUAUGUAGAAAUGAAAAAUCAGACUAAUUGAUAAGACUUUAUAGGGGGCAUUUUUCUUAAAAUACAUACCUCUACCCAAAACCCCAAAUGUUAAUUUAGAAGCACGAAAUAGGCAGGUCUGCCUCUAACUUUUUAGUUAGAGGAGAUGUAACACUGUGUCAGAUAAACUGACAUUAGGAUCCUGGUGGAGUGUGUGUUUGGUGUGUGUGUUUUGUGUGAAAGUGUAUUGGUGAUGAAAGGCCGUUUGAGUUGUUGCAUAAAGGAGUUUGAUUUUGUGAUUUUUACAAUGAGUAUUUAUUUGGAAUCCUCUUACGGUAAUUUAAAAGAUGUAUAAUUUCCUUGUGUUUAAUGAAAUCUAUUGUCAAUGUACUAAUAAACCUUGG